AUGGCGGGUGGAUCAAUCCCAAGCACACCGCUUCUCAAGGAUAAGCUAGAUAUCAUUAUCCCGACCAUUAGGAACCUUGACUCCCUUGAGAUGUGGAGGGUGUUCUUCCAGCAGUACCACUUCAUCAUCGUUCAGGAUGGAAAUCCAUCGAGGACCAUUAAAAUUUCUGAGGGUUUCGACUACGAGCUCCACAACCGCGACGAUAUCAAUCGGAUCUUGGGGCCUAAAGCAUCCUGUAUCUGGUUCAAGGACUCUGCUUGCUGGUGCUUUGGGUUUAUGAUUUCUACGAAGAAGUAUAUUCUCACCAUUGAUGACGAUUGCUUCAUAGCAAAGGAUCCGUUUGGCAAGGAGAUCAAUGCACUUGAACAGCACAUAAAAAAAACCUGCUCGUGA